CUUCCCUCUCGAUAAAAUAUAAUAAAAUAAAAUGCUUCACUUCCGCACCGAAGGCUACAACGGCAGCGCGGUCAAAUACUCGCCCUUCUUCGACAACCGGCUAGCCGUCGCCUCAUCCGCCAAUUUCGGCCUGGUCGGCAAUGGACGUCUCUACAUCCUGGAACUGACGCCGAACGGCAUCGUGCCCAUGAAAUGGUUCACCACCCAAGACUCCCUCUACGACCUCGCAUGGUCCGAGAUCAACGAGAACCAAGUGCUCGCGGCCUCCGGCGACGGCAGUAUCAAGCUGUUCGACAGCGGGGUGAACGAGUUCCCGGUGCAAAACUGGAAAGAACACAACCGCGAAGUGUUCAGCGUGCACUGGAACCUGGUGGCCAAGGACCGGUUCUGCUCGAGUAGCUGGGACGGCACCGUUCGCGUGUGGUCCCCGCACCGGCCGCACUCGCUGCUCACGCUCCCCACCCACAGCUGCACCUACGCGGCGUCGUUCUCGCCGCACUCGCCCGAUAUCCUCUCCUGCGUCACCUCCGAUUCCUACCUGCGGCUGUUCGAUCUCCGCACCCCUGCCUCCGCGUCGAAUCACCUCACCCUGCAGAUUCCCAUCCAUGCCGCCCCGCCGCCGCUUCCCGGCGUUGGUGCUGCCGCAGGUGUGCCGCACACCGUCUCGCCGCCUUCGGAGGCCCUCACCAUGGACUGGAACAAGUAUCGCCCCUCGACGAUAGCCACUGCCGGCGUCGAUCGGACCAUUCGCACCUUCGACAUCCGAGCCCCGCAUCAGGGCCCGCAGGCCGUCAUGCUGGGUCAUGAAUACGCCGUGAGGAAGUUGUCCUGGUCGCCGCAUCUGUCGAAUGUCUUGCUCAGUGCCAGUUACGAUAUGACAUGUCGCGCGUGGAGCGAUCAGUCUGCGCCCGGCGCUAUCGGGGACGUGGAUCUCAUGCGCGCCGGCCCCGGGCCGAAUAUGGGCGUCGAGCUGGGUCGCAUGGGUCAGCAUACCGAGUUUGUGACCGGCGUGGAUUGGUGCAUGUUUGGCAGCGAGGGGUGGUGUGCGAGUGUGGGCUGGGAUGAGAAUUUGUAUGUCUGGGAUGUGAGGGCGUUGAUGGGGUAGAUUGGACUUUUACUGUUUGUUCUGUGGCUUGGCUUUGCUUUUCCUUUUCCUUUUUUUUUCUUCUUUUUUUCUUGUAUUGGAUAUUAUAUUAGACUGCAUGAUACCAUUGCUUGAUGCAUCGUUAUGAUUAUUUGAUGCUUGCCGGGGUUCCGAGGCAUCUGGUGAUAUUUCUUUCUUUCUUCGUUUUUUUUUGUCUAUGUAUAACCAGUUCUUAAACUUCAACCAAGCCAGUCUAUCAUAAUUUCAUGGGACCCGAUCGACCGUCAAGUCCCGGGCUCGAGGUACAAGAAUCGACAUAUUGAUGUCCCUG